UACAUAUUUAAAUUCUAUUCGUAUGGUUCGAUGAGUGAAGUUGAUCAUAUUUUUCUUGAAGUUGAAGUUGGAAAUGAACUUUUGUGUCCUGUGAAAACAAAUUUGUCUUUGGAAAUUUCGAAAAUGUCUUGCUGGGAAACAUUCAUCCUACCAACGAAGAUAGCACUGUCCACCGUUGAAAAACUUGAGUACUGCCAAGAGGACGACCUUCAAAAAUUGGUGGUGAUAGAAAACCUAAUGAAACAAAAUGAGAGUGUCCAGAGACGUGUAGAAGACAUCAGAUAUUAUGCCAGUACUGAAUCGAAAAACAUCAUCGAUUCAAACGAAAAAUUGGCGAUUCUAACAAAAAAAUUGAAUAAUGCCCGAAUUAUAAAGCAAAUUUUGGAAAAUACCGCCCGGGGGACCAAAAGUAAAAAAUCAUCGGACAUGGAAAUCGCGAAGUUAUGUGGAAUCAACAGAAUGAAAAGGAAUAACAGAUAUUGCAAAUUCAAACAACCUCUAUCACCCCUUGCCGUUCACGCAAAUAAACAUUUGCACCGCGGAAUCAAGGGAAAAAGAAAUGAAUAGUUCCCUGAUUCAUGAAAAUUCUUGUAAAUAAUUGUAUAUAUCUAAAGUAAGUGUAGAAUCAUUUCGCUAUUAAUUUUAAGUGUUGUGUACAUAUAUUUUGGUUUUUGAAUGAAAAACAAGCAUAAAAUAUGAGUAAUUUCAUUUUCCACUUCUUUUAAAAAUUUAAAUAAUCAUUGAGUUUUGUUGAAGCGGCAAAUGUAUUCAUGAAUAUUCAAGCUUUGACAUAGUGAAUUAUACUAGGUGUCUGUUAACAAAUGCGAAGGACUUACGGAGAUGAUUCCUAUAAAUUUUUUUCGAAAUCAACCUCCCUUCCAAGAUACAGUUUUUAAUUUUUUUACGGGUUCUAGAAAACACUGAC